AUGAGCGCUACUGGGUCGAGGGUUUCGAUUCCGAGCGGUGUCAGGAAGACGAUCCAGAAUAUUAAGGAGAUCACGGGUAAUCAUAGUGAUGAUGAGAUUUAUGCAAUGCUUAAGGAGUGUGAAAUGGAUCCCAACGAGACUACUCAGAAGCUUCUCUUUCAGGAUACAUUUCACGAGGUCAAAAGAAAGAAGGACCGAAGAAAAGAGAAUGUUAACAACAGAGAGACUUCGGAGUCACAUUCGAGACCUGGCACCCAAGGGCGAGGGGUUAGAGGUGGCCGGGGAAAUUUUGCUCCUCAUCGCAUAGUGCACGAUGCCCGUGGUGGCAAGAGUUCUGGCACCGGCAAAGAUAACGGGUCCAACCAAGAAACUUCAAAGGGCGUGCCCCCUUUGCCAGGUUCGCAAGAGACAAAGUCUAGAGAAAAAAGUUCUGGAACAAGCACUGUUCCAGCUAUUGCCAAUGGGCCUACAACUGUAUCAUCUGGAACUACUAAUGUGAAUUCAUCCCCUUCAUCUACUGGAAAUGUAGAUAGAAUUAGUCCAUCGGAUGGUGGUAAUAUUACUGUCGGUAAGGAUUUUCCUUCUGACAGUUCAAACAAAGGUGCAAAAGUUGUUAUUGGAAGUGAGUCAGUGCCUUCCAUCAGUGACGGCUUAGGGACUAGACCGGCAUCAUCAUCAGCUGUCUGUUUCUCUUCUUCAGACCCAGUACUGGUUCCAUCGAAUGAUUCACGUUUUCCUGGUGCUGUUGGUGCAAUUAAGCGGGAAGUGGGAGGCCAACGUCCUCCUGCGGAAUUAAAUGUGGCCAACACUUCUGAGAACAAAUCUUCUGCUUCUGAGACUUUUCAAGGAAAGAGUCAAAGAAAAUCACCUGCAGUGGCAAAGAACCACGUUCCUGAGGUGUCAUCUUCAUCAACAGUAAUACAUGGGACCACCUCAGUUAGCCGACCUUCAUCCAACUACAAUAACCGAUCACAACAGAUAAGCGGCCUUCAGAAAGCUGGUUCUAUUAAGGAGUGGAAACCAAAGCCAACACAUGCAAUUAACCAGGCUUCCGGACCAGCUACCGUAUCCGAAUCUCCCGUCGUUUCAGUUGAAGCUACCAUACAGUUGCCGCCUGUGUCUAAGGUCCUUGAUUCUGAGGAAGCUGCUUCUGAACUGCAGAAGAAGCUUGAGAAUUUAAGCGCUCCACCGCGUCAACAUGUCAUUCUUCCAAACCAUAUUUUGGUUCCUGAAUCUGAAAAGAGCAAGUUUAGCUUUGGGAGCCUGGGAAUCAAUUUUGGGGUUACUACAAAUUAUGUUACCAGCCCAGAGAGCGAAAAGAGUUCAACUCUUUCCAAAGUUUCUCAGGCUGUUGAAGAAACUGCAGCGGAGCAGAACUCAAGCAAUCAAAAUGCUUCAGUUCCGCCUGUGGUCGGAGAUUAUUCUGACAACCCACAACCACUCCCGGCUACUAUACCUGAAAAUUUGUCAUCAUCCGUGGAAGUGGAUGUCUCGUCCAGUAACAUUCAAGAGGAUAAUGAGUCCAAACACGUCACAACUAUGCCAUCUGAAGGUAAUGAAUACCCAGUGGUGCAUACUUCUCCAAACUACAAUUUAGGUUUCAUGCCCCCAAUGUUGGAAACACAGUCAGCACAAAUUGAUAAUUCCGAGUCUCAGGCACGCGAUAUUUCUCGGCUUCCAAGCUUUGUUGUUCAUCAACCAUUUGAUCCUAAUUACUACGCCCAGUAUUACCGCUCUGGUGCUGAUAGUGAUGGCCGCCUUUCUCCUUUACCUUCUGCUGGGGUUACAACCAAGUACAAUGGCGGUGUUCCAGUGCUUCCUACACCAAGUUCUCAGUCUCUUCAAGAGGGAGCUGUCUUGUCCACAGCUGGUCAGACACAACAUGCAACUCAAGCUGCUGGGCUGAUGCAAAACUCAAUAGCUACUCAGCAGCCUCUCCCCGUAUUUCGAGGACCGAGUGGGGUUCAUAUUCCUCAUUAUUCUCCUAAUUACAUCCCUUAUGGUCAUUAUAUUUCACCAUUCUAUCUCCAACCUCCAGCAAUCCAUCAAUAUUUGACCAACGGUGCAUUUCCUCAACAGCCUCAGGCCAGCACUGUAUAUCCACCUCCUUCCGCUGUGGCUGCAAACGGGAUGAAAUAUCCCCUUCCACAGUACAAACCUGGAACAAAUGCAGCUAACUCGGCUCAUUAUGUAAUGCCGGCUGCCUAUGGUGCAUAUGGCUCCUCCCCAUCCGGUGGUUAUAAUCCCAAUUCUGCAGAAACUGCAGGAAAUUCAACCUCUACUGAGGAUCUUGGUUCAUCACAGUUCAAGGAAAACAAUGCAUACCUCAAUGGACAGCAGAGCGAAGGUUCGGCAAUGUGGGUUGCUGCACAAGGUCGGGACAUUUCCAGUAUGCCUGCUAGUUCAUUCUACAACCUUCCACCUCAGGGUCAGCAUGUGACUUUUGCCCCGACACAGGCUGGCCACGGCAACUUUGCUGGCGUCUAUCACCAUCCUGCACAAGCCGGGACAGCCGGAACAGUUCAUCCACUUCUGCAACAAUCACAGACAAUGGCUGGAGCAGUUGAUAUGGUAGGGCCGGGCGGAAAUGUUUAUCAGCAACAACCUCAGCAUGCACAUAUAAAUUGGCCAAGUAACUACUGA